AUGAAGGGAACACUUUUCGCCGCCGCCGCCAUGGUGGGCUCUGCCAUGGCCGACGGUGUCCACCGUCGUCACGACGCUUUCCACCGUCGCGAUACCUCUUCCGUCUGGGCCUCGUCCAGCGUGACUCCUAGCGCCUCUGCGCCUUUGAACCCCGAUGAGACCUGCGGCUGCACCACCAAGGUCAUCACCUACUACGGCGAGCCUACUCUGGUCCCCGUGGCCCCCGCCAGCUCGUCGUCGUCUACUCCCUCUCCCAUCCCGGAGUCGACUAGCACUCUCACCAGCACUGUGCACGCCACCAGCACCAGCACCAGCACUCUGACCGUGACUAUGUCGCCCUCUUCCUCCGCGGCUCCGGUCCCCUCCAGCUCGAGCUCCACCCCCGCUCCUGCUCCCUCGAGCACCGCCCCUGCUAGCACCAGCACCGUGGAGCUGCCCACCCCCGGUGUCAGCACCUUCUCCACCACCGGUGUCUACACCAUCCCGGCCACCACUCUCACCGUGACCGACAGCACCACCGUGUGCGGUGCUACCUCCACUGACGUCCCCAGCGGCACCCACACCUACGGCGGUGUUACCACUGUUGUCACCACCGACACCGUGAUCACUUGCCCCUACGCCACUGUCAAGCCCACUGGUACCACCGUUACCAGCGUCAUUGAGACCACCACUUACACUUGCCCCGCUGCCGGUACCUACACCGUUGUUCCUCCUACCACCACCACUGUGCCCACCAGCACCGUUCUGGUCUACCCUACCCCCCACACCAUCACCCCCGGUACCUACACCCAGACCGGCACCACCGUCACUGUGACCAACACUGACUACACCUACGUCUGCCCCGCCGCCACCCAGAGCACCCUGGCUUCCACCACCACUGCUCCCGCUGUUCCUGCUACCACCGCUGCCGCUACCACCACCACCCCUGCUCCCGUUGCCACCAGCAGCUCCACCAGCAGCGCCGUUGCCACUUCCACCCCUACCUCUGGCUCCGGCAUCACCGGUGAGGGCCAGUACGGUAUGACCUACUCUCCUUACACUGAGUCUGGCAACUGCAAGACCAAGCAGGAGGUUCUCAAGGACAUCAAGGAUAUCAAGGGCAAGGGCUUCAACCUCGUCCGUGUCUACUCCACUGACUGCAGCGGUCUCGAGUUCAUCGGUGACGCCUGCAAGGAGCUCGGCCUCAACAUGAUCCUCGGUGUCUACAUCGAGGGCUCCGGUGUCUCUGGCGCCCAGGAGCAGGUCACUGCCAUCACCAAGUGGGCCCAGUGGGACAUGGUCGAGCUGAUUGUCGUCGGUAACGAGGCCAUCUCCUCCGGCUACGUCGAUGCCUCUACCCUCGGCUCCUUCAUCAAGUCCGCCAAGUCCAGCUUCCAGUCCGCCGGCUACAGCGGCAAGGUCACCACCACUGAGCCCAUCAACAUCUGGGAGAAGUCCGGUGCUGCCUCCCUCUGCAGCGCUGUUGACAUCGUCGGUGCCAACAUCCACCCCUUCUUCAACGCCGAUGUCACCGCCGAGAAGGCCGGUGAGUUCGCCAAGUCCGAGUUCGCUGUCCUCGAGAAGAUCUGUGGCGGCAAGGACGUCAUCAACCUCGAGACCGGCUGGCCCAACGCCGGUGACGCCAACGGUGCCGCUAUCCCCGGUACCGCUGAGCAGAUCACCGCUGUCAAGGCUAUCGCCAAGGCCGUCGGCUCCAAGUCCAUCUUCUUCUCCUUCGCCAACGACGACUGGAAGGCCCCUGGUGACUUCAACGUUGAGCAGCACUGGGGUUGUGCUUCCGUCUUCUAA